AUGCUCUAUGCCGAAGACGAUAAGCUCGUCUAUAGAUUCGACGAUCAUAUUCUUUGGAUUCAGCCAUGGGGUGAAAAUGCUUUCCGCAUACGGGCUACCAAGCUGGCGUCUAUGCCCAACGAAGACUGGGCCCUUUCUUCGAAACCGAGCACGGACAAACCAAUUGUUGAAACCCCAGCUGACAAGGAAGCCAGCAUUACCAACGGUAAAAUCAAAGCCAUUGUCUCCCACCGCGGCAAGAUCAUAAUCUACAACUCGCAAGGCAAGAAAUUGCUCGAGGAAUACGCGCGCCAUCGACGCGAUCCAAUGGACCCGAAAUGCAGCGCCUUGGAGAUCGAAGCGCGCGAGUUACGGCCCAUUCUGGGGGGAGACUACCAUCUCACAAUGCGAUUAGAGUCGCUCGACGCUAGCGAGAGGAUCUACGGUAUGGGUCAGUAUCAGCAGCCUUUCUUGAACCUCAAGGGUACCGACUUGGAACUGGGACAUCGUAAUUCUCAGGCUAGUGUCCCCUUCGCUCUGUCAUCUCUCGGCUAUGGCUUGCUGUGGAACAACCCUGGUAUAGGACGAGCGGUGCUCGGAACAAACACCAUGAGUUUCGAAGCCUAUUCGACCAAGGUGCUGGACUAUUGGAUUGUUGCCGGUGAUACUCCGGCUGAGAUUGAGGAGGCAUAUAGCAAAGUGACCGGUUAUGUCCCAAUGAUGCCGGAAUAUGGUCUCGGGUUUUGGCAAUGUAAGCUCCGCUAUUGGAAUCAGGAGCAAUUGCUCAAUAUUGCACGGGAGUACAAGCGACGCAACGUUCCCUUGGACGUGAUCGUGGUAGACUUCUUUCACUGGAAACAUCAGGGGGAGUGGAAAUUCGACCCCGAGUUCUGGCCGAACCCAGACGCAAUGGUCAAAGAGCUGAAGGAAAUGAACGUUGAACUCAUGGUCUCCAUCUGGCCAACGGUCGAGAACUUGUCUGAGAAUUACCCUGAAAUGCUCGAACGGGGUCUCCUCAUCCGGCACGACCGCGGCCUUCGAGUGGCCAUGCAGUGUGACGGGGACAUCACCCAUUUUGACGCAACGAACCCCGAAGCUCGGAAAUAUAUCUGGGAGAAGGCCAAGAAGCAUUACUACAACAAGGGGAUCAAGGUAUUCUGGCUCGACGAAGCAGAGCCAGAAUACUCGAUCUACGAUUUUGACAUCUACCGCUACCAAGCUGGUAGCAACCUGCAGAUCGGCAACAUCUAUCCUAAGGAAUACGCCCGGGCGUUCUACGAAGGGAUGGAGGCCGAAGGGCAGACGAACAUCGUGAACCUGCUGCGGUGCGCCUGGGCUGGCAGUCAGAAGUACGGUGCUCUUGUCUGGAGCGGUGACAUUGCCUCCUCCUGGGGCUCGUUCCGCAACCAGCUCGCCGCGGGACUCAACAUGGGGCUGGCGGGGAUUCCAUGGUGGACAACAGAUAUUGGAGGUUUCCACGGGGGCAAUCCAGAUGAUCCCGCAUUUCGGGAGCUCUUCACCCGAUGGUUUCAAUGGGGUACAUUCUGCCCCGUAAUGCGGCUCCACGGUGACCGUGAGCCCAAACCUGCCGGCCAGCCGACCGCUUCAGGCGCUGACAAUGAGAUCUGGUCGUACGGAGAGGAGGUGUACGAAAUUUGCAAGAAGUACAUAAACAUCCGCGAGGAGCUGAGGGAUUACACCAGGGGGUUGAUGAGACAAGCGCAUGAGAGAGGCACACCGGUGAUUCGGACUCUGUUCUAUGAGUUCCCAGAGGACAGGAAAGCCUGGGAGAUUGAAAUGCAGUACCUGUUUGGAUCCAAGUAUCUCAUCGUGCCGGUGCUCGAGGCUGGACAGCGGAAAAUCUCGGCGUAUCUGCCUGUAGGGGCAUCGUGGAAACUCUGGGGGGAUGACAAAGUGCACGAGGGAGGACAGGAGGUCGAGGUCGCGUGCCCUAUCGAGACGAUGCCAGUCUUUGUCAGGCCUCUAGCUAAGCCAACACCUGGUUACCAGAUUGACCCCAACCCUCCCAGAGCCCAUAAGCUCCAUACUUUGAAAUCCGAAUCUCCGCCACCCCAAGCGCCAUUCACAGCCCAGGGGUGA